CAACUAAUUUUACAAACACGGAAGAAAACGAAGAAGGUGCAAGCCGCUGGUUAUGACAGCGAAACAGUUUUGCUCUAUAAAACUAUUAGUGCUACAGAUUUCAUUCGGAGUUCCAAUUAUUUUGAUUUAUUGGCUUCUGCAAAUAAGAUUGUUCUGGAUGAUGAGAAGCUGGCCAACUCUGAGCUGACAACAGAUGAAGUGAAAUUUUGUCUCGAAGAUAUUAAAGUGUGUGGUGUCAGAGAGCUACGGCAAAUUCUACAGUGGAGGCGAAACAUUCUUAAGGAAAUUAGCGAGGAAGAAGCUUUGGAGGGUGGUGAAGCAACAGGAAAAAGCGCCGCACCCGCUGCACUCAAAAAACGGAAGAGGAAAUUACUGAAGGAGAAAGCUGACAUGGAAAAGAGGAAAAAGUUGAAAAUGGUGCUCGAAGGCGAUGUUUUUGAAAUUCCCGGAGAGCAGGAGCUUUUUUCGCUGAAAAAAGUUGCACAAGCCAGAAAUCAAGCAAAUGCUCGUUUGAAGAAACGACCUGAACGAGAGGACACUGCCAGCGAUAGCAAAGAUGAUGACGAUAAUGAGUAA